UCGCAUGUUUUUAUUUUCUGCAGGGUUUGCACGGGUUUCCAUCCGGGCAUCUCGGGCACGCGCUGCACGCAUUUACCCGGUCGACGCGCAGACGACAUUGCUGCAUUUGGUUGGAUUGUGAGUGUUUCUGAGCCUGUCAACGUUUCCGACCAUGACAGCUGGCUGGUGCUUACUUUCAGUGUUGCUGGGUGUAACUACAGCGGCAAUACCUAAAGGAUAUCACUUGCAAGUGACGCCUCUAUGUGGAACCAGUAUAGACAAAGGAGCCAUUGUCACCAUCAGGACAGACCUGGACGUGUACGCCAAUGCCUUUUGCCAGGAUCAAACGCCUGUCGAAUUCGAUAACGUGGACAGUGCAACUUUCAGCCUUGACCUAUCCUAUCCUGGAAGCAAAUCGCCCAAGGACUGCGUAUUUAGGAAACGGAAAGGCGUCGACGUGUUUUUUAUCCGUGUAAUCGUCUCCUUUGGCGAGAAGGGCGCCGAAAUACACACAGAGGAAGAAAUGUUUACCGUUACCUGUACCUUCGACCCGAAAGGGUCGAAAAUCAGCGGGAAGAAAUUUGUUAAAGGAAGAAUUUUGGCACCGAAAGAGAUCAAGUCCAACGAAGGGCCGAAGUCCAAAUCGAAGCUGAAACUCAUCCUCACCGAUAUAACGCGGCACAGUCUCAUGGGCAAGCCCAUCAACCUUGGAAGAAAGGUUCUCCUCAUUGCCUCCACUGAUGGUUCUACUGGAGAGAAGGGCAUGCGAAUAACGUCUUGUGACGCCGUCGGCACGAAGUCACGGUACCAAGUGAUACGAGCUGGGUGUGGCGACGGUCAGGUGUUCAACAAGACGCAGGGCUUCGUCACGACAGGGCUGACAGCCAUGAGCCCAUACUUUGACAUGUUUCAUCUCAUGAAUGACAAGUCAGUCACCUUUGACUGCAACUUUACCCUUUGUAACGCAAGUUGUGACGGGAGUUCCUGUGCGAAUGAAAGACGUCGAAGAGCCUCAGACUUCGUUGCACCCGACACGCAGAAGCCUCUCUUAAUCAACUUGGCUCCAGCCCAGUCUAAAAACAGGUUACAAAGAUCGGCCCAUGAAGUGGAGCAUGUGAAGCUGUUUUUGACCAACGUGGCCGGCUUUCAGCUUCAUAACGUCAGUCUGCAAAGGGGAAGGCCGUAUGUGCUCCACGCCACUACUGACGGAAAGAAAGGCGAGGUGGGGCUACAGGUGAUGCAUUGUGACAUUGUCACCACGAAAACUCAACACAAUCGACGAAUGGCGGCCAUUAGAGAUGGGUGCGGGGUGGAGCCAGUUUUCCGACCUGACAAGGGUUUCAUCACUCACGGUUUGACGGCCACAAGCCCUUAUUUCAAGGGCUUCGAAAUCAGAGGAGACAACAGUCUGGCCUUCCAGUGUAACGUUAUUCUUUGUCAUCAGAACUGCGAUGGGCGCACCUGUCUCCACGAAAGACCGAAACGUGAUCUCGAAAAACAAGGACCAUUCCUUGAGUCCGGCAAUGUCCAAUCCGCUUCUUUUGUCGUCAACUCUCGGGUCAAGAGGUCAUGGUGGCUGAAAGAUAUGCUUGGAGCUGCCAGGAACAGAAAUUUGUAAUGUGAAUUAGUAAACAUCCAACUUCCCGCA